CUGGAGAAAGUGGCGAUGAGCUGCCUCGUCAGUCACAAUAGACAGGACCUCCCGGUUGCCACUCACUUCAACUCUGCCUCUCAUUCCCAUCUAGAUAUGUCCGUGCAUGACCUCCUCUACUGCCAUGAUGAGGCCAAACUCAGGUUGGAGGAGCAACACCUCAUCUACCGUCUGGGUAGCCUCCAGCCUGGUGGUAUGAACAUUGUAAUCUCCAAUUUCCGAAUACCUGUACUCCCUGAGGUGCAGAUACGAUCACGGUGCUGUUAGGAAGGGAAUUCAAUGAUUUUGACCGAGCGACAACGAAGUACCGGGGGUCCACAUGAUGACUCCUCUGUAUCACAUAUCAGCUUUUGUGGCGUGUGAGGGUUAAUUACUGCUUUGGUGACUGAGAUCAUUAUAUUCGUCUUCGACGUUUAAAUUUCGGUGAGUCUAUGUUUUCAGGGACAUUGAGCAGAAAUGUUUUGUUCUCCUUUGUAUUGUUAACGUGCUUCAUUAUCUGUCCGGUUAAAUUUAGACCUGCGGUGAGACAUUUUUUGGAAGAACAACUCACAAAUGGAAGUAGGCCACUACUGAAGACGAUGUUAUAACAACAACAACAAGUGACCCAGCCCGAGGUCUGAGAGCACCAACUGGAGUUAAAGCCUUCUGACUCACAGAUUCCAGUGAUUCAGUCAGGAGAAAGUUUGUGCAUCACCAGUAAGUGGAGCUUUCCUGCACCGGGACCAAAGUUUAAACAAGAAGGCGACGUUCAACAAUCGUCAGUCACAAUCAGAAUGGACACAGAUCUGAAUUCCGCUAUCUCCACCUUCCUGUCACAUUGUGACGAUCACCAACUGUUCCGGUUGACGAGAUUCUACAUGGAGCGGCUGGAGCAGGCGAUUGAAGAGGGUGUGGAGGGUCUCGGCCUGAUGUUAACAGGCGAGGAUCACUUUACUGGGCAGGAGUAUCACAGCGUGACUGAGCUCGCGGAGAAGGGAAACCGAGCGGGCGCUUCCAAACUCCUCCUGGAUCUGGUGAUUGAGAAGGGCUCCGGGGCCCGGAGAGUGAUGUGGGAAUCCUUUCUGAAACUACAUCACCACCUACCGAAGCUGAGCAGAAUAUUGAAAGAAAUACGGGAGCGAGGUGAUGGCCAGUUCCCCUACAUGGACACUGAGCGGAGUUUCUCUGAAGUGCCCAAACAUCUGAAAGAUGUUCGAAGGAAACACAAGGAGACUCUGCGGACACAAACUGAAAAACUGAGAGUGAACACGAUCCUGAUGAGUGAGAAGGUGAAGGUUUUCCAGCUGGUUGAUCGAUACGCUGAGCUCACGGUCAUUUCUACUGUUCGAGAUCGGACACUGGUGGAACAUGAGCUGCUGGCAAGAGGCAGAGACCACGAGCAGUGGAGAGAAAAAGAUCUCCGUGGUAAGCUGGAAAAAAUCCGGACUGAUCAGUUAUUCAAGAAGAGCUUUGUUCAAAAAUUGAAAAGAUCUAUCUUUAGAAACAAAUCCGGGAUGUCCGCAGCAGUGGCCGGAGUCCCAGGGAUCGGGAAAUCAACAAUGGUACAAAAGAUUGUUUAUGACUGGGCCACGGGGAAAAUAUACCAAAAGUUCCAGUUUGUCUUCAGUUUCAAAUUCCGGGAUUUAAAUGCCAUUAACUGCAGAAUAAACCUGAAAGAACUGAUUCUGCAUCAAUAUCCCUACUUUGGGAAUAUCCUGAGAGAGGUCUGGAAACACACAGAGGGACUGCUGUUCAUAUUGGACGGAUUGGAUGAAUUCAAGGACAAAAUCAACUUUGUUGAAGGUCGGAGAGACACAGAAUCACAGUACACAGAUCCUGAAUUCAAGUGCAACGUGUCUGACAUUGUGUACAGUUUAAUCCAGGGCAAGCUGCUCCCAGGGUGUUCAGUGCUGGUGACCACCCGUCCCACUGCGUUACAUUUAUUGGAAAAGGCAGACAUCAGUAUCUGGGCUGAAAUCCUGGGAUUUGUUGGCGAGGAACGGAAGGAAUAUUUCAUCAGAUAUUUUGAAGAUCAGACGGUGGCAGAAGCUGUUUUCAAACACGUGAAGGAGAACGAGAUCCUGUACACCAUGAGCUACAACCCAUCCUACUGCUGGAUCCUCGCUCUGGCACUGGGCCCCUUCUUCACACAAAGAGUCAGGGACCCGCAGCGAGUUCCCAAGACUAUCUCCCAACUGUACUCCUACUAUAUUUACAACAUCCUGAAAAACCACGGCCGUGAGACUGAGAACCCCCGUGAUGUGUUACUCAGGGUUGGUCAGAUGGCCUUCAAAGGAGUGUCCGAGAGGAAGAUUGUGUUUACAGAUGGAGAUUUGAUCAAGUACGAUCUGCAGCCUUCCCAGUUCCUAUCCGGGUUCCUGAUGGAGCUUUUGGAGAGAGAGGAUUCUGCCCGGUGCGUGGUGUACACAUUCCCACACCUCACCAUCCAAGAGUUUGUAGCUGCAGUCGCACAAUUCCUGAAUCCACAUCCCGAGGAUAUCCUGAAAUUCCUUACAGAAGUCCACAGCACGACAGAUGGGCGAUUUGAGGUAUUUCUCCGUUUUGUUGCUGGUCUCUCCUCCCCAAUGACAGUUCGGGGCCUGGAGGAGUUUCUGGGUCCAUUUCCUCAUCAAACAACCUGCCGGGUGAUUGACUGGGUGAAGGAGGAGGUUAAACGCCAGAGUGGAAACACAGAGAGUGAAGCUGGUAAAAGGAGCCGCCUGAACACAUUGCACUACGUUUUUGAGUCUCAGAAUCGUGGGCUGGCUCAGGCCGCACUGGGAUCUGUGGAAACACUUUCAUUCCGUGGAAUGACACUGACCCCGAUUGACUGCGCGGUCCUGUCUCAUGUCAUCGGACUCUGUGAUACAAUAAAAAUCCUCGACCUGGGGAUCUGCCACAUUCAGUGUGAAGGAAUACAGCGGCUGGGACCCGGGCUGCACAAGUGCCAGGAGUUGAGACUUGGGCGGAAUGAACUGGGAGAUUCAGGAGUGAAAAUGGUGUCUGCAGCUCUGAGGAACCCGGAGUGUAAAAUACAGAAACUGGGGCUGAACAAUGUCCGUCUCACAGAUUCUGGUGCCGAGGAUCUCGCCUCCGCUCUCAGUGCAAACCCAUCACUGACGGAGCUGAACCUGAACAAUAACAAUCUGGGAGAUUCAGGAGUGAAUCUGGUGUCUGCGGCUCUGAGGAAGUCAGAGUGUCAGAUACAGAAACUGGAGCUGAGGAAUGUCGGUCUCACAGAUUCUGGUGCCGAGGAUCUCGUCUACGCUCUCUGUACUAUCCCAUCACUGACGGAGUUGGACCUGAGUGAAAAUAAACUGGGGGAUUCAGGAGUGAAAAUGGUGUCUGCGGCUCUGAGGAACACGGAGUAUAAAAUACAGAAACUGGGGCUGAACCAGGUCGGUCUCACAGAUUCUGGUGCCGAGGAUCUCGUCUCCGCUCUCAGUACAAACCCAUCACUGACGGGGCUGAACCUGGAAUCAAACUCUCUGACAGACCGAUCUGCACGCGCUCUCCGCCACCUCAUACUGACCCUCCCGAAUCUGGAGCGGAUCCGUCUGUUCUGGAAUCCGUUCAGUGAGACCGGGGAGGAGGAACUGAAACCUCUGCAGGGAGUCAGACCCGGACUGACAGUGGAUCUGUGAACAUCUGAAUGUGGGGAAUCGGUUCAGUGCGACCGGGAUGGAGGAACUGAGAUCUCUGCAGGAACCCAGACCCGGACUGACAGUGUGGACCGUGUGAACAUCUGAAUGUGGGGAAUCCGUUCAGUGAGACCGGAGAGAAGGAACUGGGAUCUCUGCGGGAAGUCAGACCCGGACUGACAGUGAUCCUGUGAACAUCUGAAUGUGUGAACAUCCCCGCCCGCGGGAUGAGGACAUUUUGGCCGAUUCCCCGCCCUCCCCGUUAUCUCCCACCCUUACCUUUAAUGGCCGCGCGCCUGGUUCAACUCCCAACGUCUUUAACAGAACCGGCUCAGGCCUCGCGCUGUGUGUCGCUCAGAACGGUCCCGCCGUGACGUAUUUCUGCCUGUUGUCCGACGGGGCAGCUUCCGCCGGAUGUGCGUGUUCGAGACUCCCGCGUGAGACCCCGGAAAAUUACCCAGACAGGAAGAGCCCGGUUUCCAGGGCUCAGUCUGGGACACAGCUGUCCCGGGGUGGGAUUAUCCCGGGAGAGAAUCCUUUUGCUCCCUUUGCUGAGGACGGUGCAUUCGGCUGUCUGGCCGAUAUAAUGAUGUUAAAUGGACAAAUCCCUCGGCAGUGACCCUGGAUCUGCAGCGAUCCCGGACACGGCCCUGAAGUGUGAUUUUAUAAUCAUUGCUUCCCCAAUGCAGAGUGACGGUGAGAAACGGGACUGAUUAUUCAACCAGUCACCCGUUGUCGCCGGUCAGUUAAUUGUGUGUGACUGUGAGUGAGCAGGAAGUAGCUUAUUUAUUCACACACGUCAGCAGCUCACACAUUGUUUAAUUUACAUUUGUCAUGAUGAAAUCAAUAAACCGCUGUAACUUCCUGUCCUGGUGCCGGACUCGAGUUUUAUUUGAGGUUUCUGUUGCCCCCCGCACCCUGUGCACUGCAACAGUGGGUCGGAGCUCCUCACACUGACACAGUAGCGUCUCAGCUCCAGGCUGAGGGAGGUCGGACUGGCAGAGUCUGGGCGCCCAGGAUCUCACCUCCAACAAAGCCCCUUCCUGGCUAACUGAUCCCCGCAGACAGAUAAAAUUGAUGAUAAUAUCACACGUGAGACCACUGAGGUCCCGAGUACGAAACUGAUCGGACGUGGAAUACCGGCUUUACACACGGAGUGAAGCUCCCUCCACACCAUUCCAUCACACACACCCGGGUUCAGACACAGAGUGAAUCUCCCUCCACAUCGUUCCAUCACACACACCCGGGUUCAGACAGAGUGAAUCUCCCUCCACACCGUUCCAUCACACACACCCGGGUUCAGACACAGAGUGAAUCUCCCUCCACAUUCUCCCUUCUCACAUUCCCAGGGUCAGACACAGAGUGAAUCUCCCUCCACACCGUUCCAUCACACACACCCGGGUUCAGACACAGAGUGAAUCUCCCUCCACACCGUUCCAUCACACACACCCGCGUUCAGACACAGAGUGAAUUUCCCUCCUCACCGUCCCAUCACACAAUCCCUGGGUCAGACACAGAGUGAAUCUCCCUCCGCACCGUCCCAUCACACACUCCCGGGGUCAGACACAGAGUGAAUCUCCCUCCACACCGUCCCAGCACACGCUUGCAAUGCCAAACGCACCUUUAACAAUACCUUUAACGGCCGCGCGCCGGGGCAGAUUCCCAACGGUUUUAACGGAACCGGCUCGGGCCUCACGCUGUGUGCGUCGCUCGGAGCGGUCCCGCAGUGACGUGUUUCCGCCUGCUGUCCGGCGGGUCAACUUCCGCCGGAAGUGCAUGAUCGAGACUCCCCCACGUGGCGCCCCGGAGAAUGACCCGUCUGCACCAUUCCAUCACUCAAUUAAUCCCACCCUGCAAAAUCUCAUUUCAGGGAAGCAGGCACCAUCAAUUUGCGGGAGACUCCCGGAACUCCCGGGCGGGGUGGGAUGUCUGCAGUAGAGUAGCUCCUUAGCGGCCAGCCAGCUAGUUUAAAUAGCGUUAGCUGUGCUAAUGAACGAAUG